GGGACUGAAAAGGCGCAUCUAAUAGUACUAACACACACUCACACCCUAUUCAUCAUGGAAGAGACACCAGUGGAGGCUGAGCCUGAAGGUGACUUUCAGUCAGUCAGUCAGAAGAUGAGAGAUAUUUCACAGCAGUUCGACCUCAACUCGAGCCAAGGCACUCAAACGUCCAUAUCAGUACAACAAAAUAUAUGCGCAUAUGUAAGAUACUUAGAUUGGUUAGAGAAUCUGAAGCAAGUGCAGAGUGGAUUGAUCCAAUCAUCAAAAGACUCUCCUACAUCUGAGAGUGAUUCUAAUGAUAUCGAAGAUGUGACAACAAGGAUUGCUGCACUCCAGGAAGAGUUCAUCAAGGAGAAAUCCAGCAAUGCAAUCCAAGAACUUGUCAUCAGAAGUGCCCAGCUUGGCUAUAAGUACCAGCAGCUCCUGUUCCCUGAUCAACCGGAGGUGGAAGGCCAGGAGAAUCAGGAGGAGGGUGGGGAGGGGGCGGAGAAGCCCUCGUCUUGGGCAAAGAAGUUAUGUGACAAACAGAGGGUGCUCUCCUCGGACAUUCUAGCCCACAUCAAGACCUGCAAGGCUCUACAAGAGGAGAUCGAUCAGAGCAAGAAAGACACAAGGGAUGUUCAAGCUGCCAAUGUUGACUUGAUGAAGAAGUUACAGAGCAAGGAGAGUGCGGACAAGCAGGUAGCUGAACCAAGCAACGCUGUACGACAAGAGCAAGAGAAACUGGAUGAUCUCAUCUCUCAUGUUGCCAUGGAAAAGGGUAUUCUUCAGGGACUUAUCAUCGGAAGUGGGGUCAACUGGGCAAAAGACCCGGACCUAAAGGACAUAGUGAUUGGACUCGGACAACAGCUCAAACUAGAUUGAACUAAAGGACUACUUGAGAGAGUUCAAGUGAGUUAAUUGUCAUACUCUAAAAAACAUAGUGAUUGGAUCUGGAACAACAGUUGAAACUUGAUUGAACUUGGUGGAGCUUAUCAGUUGGAGAGAUAGAUCAAAGUUGGUUAAAGGCUACGACCUGAAGGACACAGUGAUUUGGACCUGGACAGUAGUUGAAGCUAUAUUGAGCUAAAGAAUUGUUUGGAGAGAGUUUAAGUGGGUUUAAUAUCCCACUCUAAAGAACACAGUGAUUGAUUGGACUCUUACAACAGUCAAAACUAGAUUGAACUAGAGAACUGUUUUGAGAGAGUUCAAGAGGGUUUAAUAAACCCUUCUAACGAACAUAGUGAUUGAACUGGAACAUUAGAUUGAACUAAAGAACUGUUUGGAGAGAUUUUAAGUGGGUUUAAUGUUCCACUAUAAAGAACACAGUGAUUGGACUAUGACAACAGUUAAAACUAGAUUGAACUAGAGAACUGUUUUGAGAGAGUUCAAGAGGGUUUAAUAAACCCUUCUAACGCACAAAGUGAUUGAACUGGAUUAACAGUAGAUUGAACUAAAGAACUGUUUUGAGAGAGUUAUUAGUGGGUUUAAUGUUCCACUCUAAAAAACAGAUUGAUUGGACUGGGAUAACACUUGAAACUUGAUUGAACUUUAGUGGGACUAAUCAUUUGGAGAGACAGUUCAUGUUGGGUAAAGUCUUCAAGGUAGAUGACACAGUGAUUUGACUGGGACUUCUUUUGUGAAUUGACCACUUGGAGUGGACAUCACAACCUCUUUGAUGUAGUAAUAACCGAGUUCAGCUUGAAUUUUUAUUUUUUGAAAGGAAAAGGAAAUCAAAGAUGCCUAAUUCCAUGGUUC